AUGAACAUAAAUCCAUUAAAACAUCCAGAUUUUUUCCAGGUACACAAUUUAUUUACUGUAGAAGAUUUAUUUAACGCUGGUGUUCAUUGGGGACAUAAGGAAGGUUCAAUGGACGAGCGUAUGCGUCCAUUUGUCUUUGGCAAUCGUUUAGGACAUUUAAUUAUUGAUCUUGAUCAAACGGCGGAACUUUUAAGACAAGCAUUAAAUUUCACUGCACAUAUUGCAUUUAAUGAUGGUGUUAUUCUUCUUGUUUCACGAUCACCACAAUCAACUUAUUUUGUUGAUAAAACAGCUAUUGAAUGUGGUGAAUUUUCAUAUACACGAAAAUGGCGUGGUGGAUUAUUUACAAAUUCAGAGAAAGAAUUUGGUGAAUUAACACGAUUGCCAGAUUUAUGUAUUUUAUUCUCGACAUUUAAUGAAGUUUUAAAAGAUCAUCCUGUAAUUGUGAAUUCGGCAAAAAUGUGUAUUCCAACUGUUGGUAUUGUUGAUACAAAUAGUAAUCCAAAUAUGAUAUCAUAUCCAGUGCCGGGUAAUGAUGAUUCAAUUACUGCGAUAAAACUCUAUUGUAAAUUAUUUAAAGAAGCAAUUUUACGUGGUAAAGAAGCGAGAAAACUAUUUCUCAAUGAGGAAUAA